CUUCUCACACAAACCUUCCAGAUCCCCGGUCUCCGCGGACUCAGGGGUGGUGCUACAAGUCCGGCCACUUGCAGUCCUGACUGGCAGGGGCUGGGAACCGGCCGGCGUUGCACCGAUCCAGCGCCACAGGUUGGAGAAAUAGGAGCUGUCCCCAGGACUGUCGCCCUGGAAGGCAGAUCGUUGCUGGAGUCGGACCCCAGGAGUCCAAAGGCUUGGGAAGGGGGCAGGAAACCUCUGAAACCCGACACCUCUUGCCGCCGAGGAAACUUCGCAGGCUGGCCCACCAAGACCAUCACUAUGACCGAUGGGGACUAUGAUUAUCUGAUCAAACUCCUGGCCCUUGGAGAUUCGGGGGUGGGGAAGACGACAUUUCUUUAUCGCUACACAGACAAUAAAUUCAAUCCCAAGUUCAUCACGACAGUAGGGAUAGACUUUCGGGAAAAACGUGUGGUUUAUAACACACAGGGACCAAAUGGGUCAACAGGGAAAGCAGUUAAGGUACAUCUUCAGCUUUGGGACACAGCAGGACAAGAGAGAUUCCGGAGCCUCACCACUGCGUUUUUCAGAGACGCCAUGGGUUUCUUAUUAAUGUUUGACCUCACCAGUCAACAGAGCUUCUUAAAUGUCAGAAACUGGAUGAGCCAACUGCAAGCAAAUGCUUAUUGUGAAAAUCCAGAUAUAGUAUUAAUUGGCAACAAGGCGGACCUGUCAGACCAGAGAGAAGUCAACGAACGGCAAGCCCGGGACCUGGCUGACAAAUACAGCAUACCAUAUUUUGAAACAAGUGCAGCGACUGGCCAGAAUGUGGAAAAGGCUGUGGAAACCCUUCUGGACUUAAUAAUGAAACGAAUGGAACAGUGUGUAGAGAAGACGCAAGUCCCCGACACUGUCAAUGGUGGUAGUUCUGGGAAGCUGGAUGGGGACAAACCAGCAGAGAAGAAGUGUGCCUGCUAAAAAAAAAAAAAAAGAAGUGUGCCUGCUAAACUUUACCAUAUGAACUGAUCAUCCAGAACCCCACACAAGCAUCACUUCCAAAAAGAGUGACAAACCACACAAUUGUUGUUGAGUAGACCAUGCAUAAUGGCAUGUCUUUCUUUUUCUGCCAGAAAAUCUAUUUUAAGAAGUCACAGUAGUCAACAGUGUUCAAAAGAGUUGACCAGUUGUCCCUGAGGCCCAUCCAAACAAGAUCAAAGAUUUUCCAUUGUCAUCAUACCAUCGUGGAUGCUCCAUUUGUUUUCCUUAUAAAGAAGAUGAGUAUAUAAGAGAGUACACAAGAAGAAGUAUCAGGGAGUUUUCAAACCAGAAGAACCAAAGGUACCUUGUCACAUGGGGGACAAGAAUAAGCUUCUAAAUGGAUAACAUAGAAAGAUGACUUUUUUAAAUGGUUGGAUUUACUACUUAUAUAGAAUCUGACUUGUACUUUUGUAGGUUUGCAUUGGGAGAAACAUUAGCUAAAAAUGCAUAUACACGAAAAAGAAUUCUAAGUGGUUCAUUAAGAGUGACAUUACCAUGUACAUCCUAUAAGCUGUGCUAGAAUGACUACCUUACGAGAGGAUGAAUGUCAGACUUCUGAGAAAAUGUAGGAGACUGCGUAAUAAUGCCAUUUGUAUAUUCUUAAUAAAUGGCAGAUAGACAAGAAUAGGACUGUGAAUGACAGAGGACAAGAGAAAUGCCCAGGGAGAAAAAUGAAGGUAUGGGAACAUGGCAUUUGGGCACCUGAAAUUAAAUGUAUCUGUUACAGAUGUCUGGGAGAGAUACUUAGCCAAAUUUCACUCAAGCCAAUUAGAAGCUGACAUUAUCAGUUGGGAUUAAGAGAGUCUCCAGAGGUUUGCGUUUCCAACAAAAUUUUAGAAAUUGGUGUAGUGUUCAGCUUCACAUUUCAUAUUUCUUAGCAAUCAUGAUGAAAAGUCACAAAGAGAAAUUAAAGAUUGCUCUUUAUUAACUGUCUCUUUAUGCACUCAAGAAAAACGAUUUAGCCUUAAUUUUUUUAGAUAAAAUAUGUCGGUGAUAUGAAAUAAAAAGUGACUAUUAAUUCUAGAUUUCUUUCUGAUUUACAAAGUACUGGAAACUCUAAAUCACAUUACUCUCCUCCAACCCACACCCACCUCUGGCUUUGAAUCAAUUGUAAAAAUAGAGGGAUGUCACUUUGUAGAUCAACAACUUAGAAUAAUGAUGGAUCGAUUUUAUGGUCACUCUGAAUUUUCAUGUCAUUUAUCACAUAAAAAUGGAUGAUACAUCAUGCCACAUUACAGUGUAUUUAGCAUCUGUUUUUAUUUUGCCUAAGGCAAAACACCUAUGCUUGAACUAUAUUGGGGGGCUGGCAGAGAUGGAGCUGUAUCUUAUCUAAGCAAAACUUUUGUUAAUGGCUUUAUUUUUCACAUAAUGCUGUCUUUUCUUUCUAAAAAUGAUCACAAAGGUAUUUUCCAUUGGCCUAUUAUUAUUGCAUCUAAACAUUGGCUUUUGAUUUAGUUUCUGGUAAACGUAAGCCACUCCUAUUACUAUUAUUUAUGUAUUUCAGUCAAUUUUGUCAAUAACAAAGUCAUCAUACUUUAGGUUUUCUCUUUUUAUUGUGAAUAUAUGAUUUUUCUACAGGAUAGUUCCUCUUUGUAGAAAAAUUUUCCGAUUAAACUUCACUUUUCUAGACUCUCUGUAUUUUUUUUGUUAAGUUACAAACAUAGGAAACUCUAAAUCCCAGUCCCCCACCUUUAACCUCCGUCUGCCAACCUCCACUGGGUGUCAAUCAGUUUUAGGAACACAGACCCAAGGGACUGUCUAGUUACAAGACCCUGAAAUGUCUUGAAAUGUCAUGAAUCCAGGUAAUUUGGAAGCUUUAAUGGAGUUAGUCCUUAACAGAUUAACAAGUUCUCACUGUCAGCUGCCCAGGUCCUCUGAUUUCUGCAGCACGAUGCCAACUUCUAAGGUUGGUCAUGAGUGGGUAUUCGCUCCCAGGAUGCUUUUCUCUAUGAUGCUAUUCAUGACCUCAGUGCCUGUGCCAGGAGGAUAGAAAGCUAUUAGCUAUCGUCAAAGAUGUUUCUUCUGAAACGAAUAUGAGCAAAAACAAUGUAACCAUUGGUGUGGCAAAAUUUGGUGAACUUUUCAGUCAUUAGGUCGAUUUCUCCUUCGGAUUCAAAUUAUGAUGCCCCCUGCAUUUCCACAACAGGAAACGCUUAGCCUUUCUAAAAUCCAAAAAGCAUUUUAUUUUUGAUAUGCCUUUUUGUUUCUAUUUAUUUUCCAGUUACAUGAUUGAUUUACUUAUCCAAGAUUCUGUCACUGUCAGUUAUUUAACAAGCCUUUAUUCAGGGUCUAUUUUAGGAUCAUUAUUUGAUAGCCAUAGCGUGAAGCAGAGGGUGAUGAUGCUUAUAAUUAAAGAACUAUUCCUAUAAAAAUAACAAUUAUUGGGUAAUCUCAAGAGGAAUGAAAUUUAAAACAGACAAGAAAAUUAAUUUAAAAUAGUAUUCUACUUAUAAAUAAACACUUAAUCUAAAAAAAAUGUUUUCUCUGUCAAGUUUGAUGUAAGACCCUGAAGUCUAUAUAACCAUUUCUAGUAACCAUUACUCUUUCAUUAUUUCAGAAUUAAUUAUUCUGUAUAAUUCAUUUUACAAUUUCAAAUUGACUUGGGGUCACGAAGUAUACAGACUGCUUUUAAACAAUUGCAUACACCCUUUAAUACACAGCAAUAUGUAUUACUUAUUUUGUCCCAAAUGCUUUAGUUAACCAUAUCAUAUUUUGGAGAAUUAUUUAAAAUGUACAUGAAGUUCCUUUCUGAUAUAGAAACCAUUUUGGAAGUGUUUACACUGGUUUAAUGUUUACAUUGCUCUAACACAGUGCCUCGGAGACCUCCUUGACCAGAGUUGUCUCCAGCCCCAUAGCUUAUUUCCUAUAAUACCAUGUUGUAGGAAGGCCUCACAGAGACUCUAGUGCAGCUAAAGGUAUUCUGAGGUUUUCAGCAAAGGGUAUAAGAAUCUUAUUCAAAUCUGGAGAUUAUUACCACCAUCUCCUGGUCACUUUUUGGGGAGUGGGCAUUAUUUGAGACUCUGUGAUUAGGUACAAGGUUACCUUUUAAUGUAAAAAAAAAAAAAAGUCCUUUGAAAAAUGUAUCAAAUAUAAUUGAGAGAACAUGUUUGUCUUGGUGUGAUGAGGGUAACAAGUCACAAAUUGGCAGGAAAAAAAAAAGCUAAAUGCUGGGAAUUGAACUUGUGGGUCUCUACAUUAGAAUUUCAGAACUCCGGCCAGUCCCACUCCAGCCAAGUUGCCGUCAUUUCCAUAUUAUCAGCUAGCACGCUGCAACAAAUUUGAAACCAGCGUUUUCUAAAGUAAAUAUUUUACCUGUUGUGUUUAACCAGAUGGGACAUUCUAUGUAUCAGUGGGUGUCUUUGUUAUGCUUCUAGUAUGUUAUUCUCUGCCAAUCUGUACAGAUAGGAGGAACGGGGCAAGAGUUUUUAUCAGGCGUUUCUUGUCUUCUUUAUAAGAGAGAGAAACUUGACCAUAGAGGAGGACUCACUACAUUAAAAGAUAGUUUACUAACAGCUGAAAUAUUCUUUGAAGUGUAAAUUUCGUCCACUGGGAAUCAACAAAUUUGAUGAAGCUCAUAUACAUUCUCACCAAUGGAGUGGGUGCAUCGGUUAGAAGGAGAAGCAGUAUGUGUAAAGAGAUACAGUGUAUAACUAGAUGUAGCAUAUAACUAGAUGCAGCAUAUAACUAGAUGCAGCAUAUAACUAGAUGCAGCAUAUAACCUGGAACUAAACAUUUGAGGGAGAAUCCUCGUCCAUAAAGAAUUUUUGAGAUUAAAAUUCUAAUUGUAAAGAGAUAAUGUUGAAGUUUCUGGUGUCCUAAGAUACUUAAUAACUCUUUAAAAGGAAGAUCUGGGAGCUACAUUAGCCAAAGUGAUAGAAAAGUUGUCUUUCACCUUCUACUCCCAAGCUUGAAAGCAUUAAAAGGAGUCUAGUGUAUUUGAAUAUUUUAGGGAAAGCUUUAUCGUUUUUAAAGAUUCCAAGAUACUGUCUAUGUUUGAAAAGCUUGUCUAAGAAUUCACCAAAAGCUGUAUUUUCUUCUUGAUCUUUGACCAAAGUGGUAUAAGUUUAUUUCUGGGGAGAGUGCUGAGCUCUUAAAUAUGGAAAGUAGAUAGAGAGUGUUCUCUGAGAUGAGUGUUGUCUCAAUGCUUUAUAAAUCUAUGGCGAUACUUGUCUCAUAAAGUAGAACUGAUAAAAAUAAAACAUUGUUAGCUGAAUAGGGAAUUUUAUAAACUUAUUGCCUUGGAGUUCUUGGGUAGAGACUCAACCACAUUGACAUUGUUGAGCAAGAACUAUAGAGAUUAGAGAUUAAAGUUGUCUAAAUAGAGUUUCUAACUAUGGCAGAACAUGGAGAAGACCAUACUUACAAGGUUGAUUUUUAGGCAGGAAAAAAAAAAAAGGCUGACAAAGUUGUUUGUAACCAGA